CAGGAUCGUCUUAAGUUUUUUCAAUGUUUUGUUACUCUCUCAUUUGGAGCUGCUCGCAACAUUUUCCACUCUGUUUCUUUGGCACAGCAUUUGCAUUAUCCACAGCAGCAUACUUUCCCAUGUUUUUUUGUUUUUUUUCAAACUACUUGUGACGUGUGCGUGGAGUUCUUGCCCUUGUUUCAUGCUGCUCAGUUUAGAGAGAGGCAGAUGGGGCUUUGGAGAGGCUGACAUAUAGUUGAGCCCUUAAAGGGGAAGGCGAAUCCAAGAUUUUUAAACAAGAGGAGUGUUUUUGUAUCCUCACAUGCAGGGGAUUGCCAAGCAGGACGUGGAGAAAGGCUGAGAGAAGGUGAAAAAGGAGAGAGAAGCUGUCUUGCUCUGUCGCCCUCGGGCAAAUUGAAUGAAAGGUUGCCGUUGAGGAGUCUGCCUGACACGGGAGGAGGAGCUGCAGCCCAGGGGGGAACCUACACUUCAUCCUUCUUCAAGCAACUACAGCACAGUAUGAGGUACCAAGGCAGGGAGGUGGACAUUGAAGGAAGGGUGCGUUUGGUGAUGGAGAGCACCCUUACGGCCCGUGACAGGGUUGGUGUGCAGGACUUUCUCUUGCUAGAGAACCACAACAGUGAGGCAGCCUUUAUAGAGAACCUGCGGCGGCGCUUCGGAGAAAACCUCAUUUAUACAUACAUCGGAUCAGUGUUGGUGUCAGUCAACCCUUACAAAGAGCUGGAGAUUUACUCCAAGCCACAGAUGGAACGCUACAAAGGGGUCAGCUUCUAUGAAAUAUCACCUCACAUCUACGCGGUGUCAGACAACACCUUCCGGGCCAUGAAGACCACAUGGAGGGAUCAAUGUAUUCUUAUAUCAGGUGAGAGUGGUUCGGGAAAAACGGAAGCUUCCAAGAAGAUCCUCCUCUACUAUGCUGUCACCUGUCCCACUCAUGAUCACAUGACCACCCUUGGAGACCGCCUACUUCAGUCCAACCCUGUUCUGGAGGCCUUCGGCAAUGCAAAAACACUAAGGAAUGACAACUCCAGUCGGUUUGGAAAAUAUAUGGAUGUUCAGUUUGACUUCAAGGGAGCACCAGUUGGUGGCCACAUCCUUAAUUACCUGCUGGAGAAAUCUCGGGUAGUCCACCAAAAUCACGGAGAAAGAAACUUCCACAUCUUCUACCAGCUUCUAGAUGGUGGGAGCAAUGACCUGCUUCAGACGCUUGAUCUUGAACGAAACCCUCAGAACUACCAAUAUCUGGUUAAGGGAAGCUGUUCCAGAGUAAGCUCUGUGAGUGACAAGAAUAAUUGGAAAGUAGUGAUGAAUGCCCUGCCUGUUAUUGGCUUCACAGAGGAAGACAUACAGAAUGUGUUGAACAUCAUUGCCAGCAUUCUCCAUCUGGGAAACACUCUGUUUGGAGAGGGAGAGGAAGGUGAGGCGCACAUUACCACUGAGACGCCAUUAGCGAAUGUUGCAAAGCUGCUCUGUGUUGAUGCCUCAGUUUUGAGCAAUGCUCUUACUCACAAGAAGCUCAUCACCAAGGAGGAGGAGGUGAUCAUCCCACUGAACUUUGAGCAGGCAAUGUCAGCCAGAGACGCCCUAGCCAAAGCCGUCUAUGGUCGUACUUUCACUUGGUUGGUGGAGAAGAUUAACCAAUCGCUUGCUCUGAAGGAUGACAUGUACCACAGCAAUAAAGCCUUCCCCGUCAUAGGGCUUCUAGACAUCUAUGGCUUUGAGGUCCUAGAGCACAACAGUUUUGAGCAGUUCUGCAUCAACUACUGCAGUGAGAAGCUCCAGCAGCUCUUUAUUGAGCUCACUCUCAGAUCUGAGCAAGAGGAAUACACAACAGAGGGGAUAGCAUGGGAGAUUGUGCCAUACUUUGACAACAAGAUCAUUUGUGACCUGAUAGAGGAGAAGCACAAGGGUAUCAUUUCCAUUUUGAACGAAGAGUGCCUGAGACCCGGAGAAACGAGUGAUGCCUCAUUUUUAGAGAAAUUGGAGGACACACUUGGCAACCAUCCCCAUUUUGUCACUCAUAAGCUGGCAAAUGGGAAAACUCGGAAGGUAAUGAGUAGAGAGGAGUUCAGGCUGCUGCACUAUGCUGGGGAAGUCAACUACAAUGUCAACGGUUUCCUCGACAAGAACAAUGACUCUAUGAACAGGAACCUAAAAGAGGUCAUGUGCCAUUCAGACAACCAGAUCAUAAGUCACUGCUUCUCCAGAGAGGAAGUGACGGACCAGAAACGCCCGGAGAUGGCUGCCACUCACUUUAAAAACAGCCUGUUGAAACUCAUGGAGAUCCUCAUGACCAAAGAGCCAUCAUAUGUGCGCUGUAUUAAACCUAAUGAUGCCAAGCAGCCAGGGCACUUUGAUGAAGUUCUUGUCAGACAUCAGGUGAGGUACUUAGGCCUGAUGGAAAACCUGAGGGUCAGAAGAGCUGGCUUUGCCUACAGACGCAGCUUUGAAGCCUUCCUGCAAAGGUACAAGCCUCUGUGUCCUGAGACAUGGCCCAACUGGGAUGGUAGGCUUGAAGAUGGUGUGGCCACACUGGUAAACUACCUGGGCUACCAACCAGAAGAGUACAAACUUGGCAGGUCCAAAAUAUUCAUCCAUUUGCCCAAAACACUUUUUCUAACUGAAGAUGCACUACAAGCCAAAAAACCAGAGAUAGCUUUGACCCUGCAGACAUCGUGGAGAGGCUACAGAGAGAGAGCCAAAUACAAACGCAUCAGACAUGCAAUCAUAGUGAUUCAGUCUGCGUGGCGAGGGAUGAAAGGACGCCGGAGGGCAAGGAGGCGCAGACAGGCUGCUGAGUUGAUACGCAGGUUCAUAAAAGGCUUCAUCUAUCGUCAUGAGGACUACUGCCCGGAAAAUGAAUACUUCCUGGAUCAUGUGCGCUACUCCUUCCUCAUUAAGCUUAGCAAACACCUACCCACAAGUGUUUUGGACAAAAGCUGGCUGGCAUCUCCUCCCUCUGUGACUGAGGCCUCGGAGCACCUCUGGAAACUGCACAUGCGAAACAUGGUCAUGAAGUAUUGCAACGGGAUCCAGCCCGAAUGGAAAAAUCAAAUGACGCAAAAGGUGGUUGCCAGUGAGAUCUUCAAGGAUCAGAAAGAGAACUAUCCUCAGAGCGUUGGCAGGCUGUUUUUGGACACCAGGAUUGAACAUGAUCAGAUCAAUCUGAAAGUUCUCCAGACACUCGGCAGUGACAAAGUACAGUAUGGCGUCCCAGUCACAAAGUACGACAGAAGAGGUUUCAAGCCUCGAUCUCGGCAGCUGCUGCUCUCUAACACCUUUGCUGUGCUGGUUGAGAAGACCAAGAUCAAGCAGAAGAUCGACUACGCUUCUCUCGGAGGUAUCUCUGUGAGCUCUCUCAGCGAUGGAAUGGUUGUUCUGCACAUGCCCACUGAGGACAACAAGCAAAAGGGUGAUGUGCUGCUGCACUGCAACCAUGUGAUAGAGCUAGUGACAAAACUAGCCCUUAUAGCCCGCAUGUUAAACUAUAUCAACAUCAAGCCUGGAAGUAUUAGGUAUGCAGGGGCUCGAGGCACCGAGGGAAUUGUAGAUUUCGUCAGGGGCUCAGAGCUGAAGGUGGCCAAAGGCAAAAGAGGACAUCUGUUAGUGACUGCUCCUCGGAUCAACACCACAUGAAGAAGCACAAUUCAACCAAAUGUUAACUAACACUUUUCGCUUACUGAAGGGUUAAGCUUUACUGUCACCACAAAUGCAGCAUGUGUAUUGUAAAACCCUAAUACACGCAUACCAUAUUUCCUCAUAUAGUGACCAGGGGUUUACCGUGCGUCUAUUUGAGAUAUGGCAAUUUAAAAAGGGGAGACCGAUAUAUAGUAUUUUGUUAGUAUUGAAAUGUUUUUUACAAAUUCGAUAACAUCAAACAUCAAGGAUUCGAAUAAUCUCAGCAAUUCCAACAGCACUCUUCCUAAUGUCACAAGAUAGAGCCGCCAGUGCUGAUAGAUGGGGGAGCCUAGAAGAACAACACAUGCUCCCAUUUCAGAGUUUUCCAAAAGUCUCCACCAUAUUUAUUGCUAAAAAAAACAAUGAUUUUACCCACUGAAGCCCCCCACGCUCCGGCACGGCCGUUAUAAUAGGUUUAUGAGCAAGGGCGAACACUCAGCUCCAAAUAUAUUUGCCACAACCAAUCGUGUAAAAGUAACUCACUAGCUUUCUUCAGAUCACCUUAUUUUGCCCGUCAACCAUAAUCCUUAUGUGAGACAAUAACACACGUCGGUCCUUUUUCUGUAAAUUCUAAGUCGUUAAAAACUGCUAAUAAAAGGCGGCUAAGAAUACGGAUAAUUGGAAUUAAUCGUUUCCAAAAGGCCAGACAACGCUCUAUUUACAUGCUGUGACCUACGUAUUAACCAAGCUGCCGCGACAUUAUUGUAAGAGAUAACACAGAGGAACUACUUUUGUAGUGUAGCGACAAGUCGCCUUGCUCACACUGCUCCUCUGACCACGAGCAAAUAGAAUAGAAUAGAAUAGAAUAUAUCUUUAUUGUCAUUGUACAUUGUACAACAAAAUUGUAUUCAAAACUAAUUCAGUGCAAAUUCAUAACACAUAAAAACAUAAGAACAUUGAUAAAUAGAUAAAAAUACACAAAAUUCAUAAACAUACCAAGCAUACAGCUCACAUGCACAGUCAUUUUUGUCAUCUUGUGUUCAGCGACACUAUUGCUCUCGGAUAAAAAGUGUUCUUAAAUUGGUUUGUCUGGCAUUUUAUUGUCCUAUAUCUCCUGCCUGAGGGCAUCAGUUCAAAAAGUUUAUGUCCAGGGUGAGAUGGGUCCUUUAUUAUGUUUUGGGCCUUUUUGAGGCACCUGGCACUGUACAGUUCAUCUAGGGAGGGGAGAGAGCAGGCAGUGAUCUUCAUGGCAGUAGUAAGUAGUUAGCUCCUACCUAAUACCUAGCUUGAGGUGCUAAGAGCGUUAGUUGCGACCCGCGACCUACUGCUCUACUGCUUUUGAGUUAGUAAAAAAAAUCAUGCAUCUCACCUGUAUGGUAGAAGGUUGUGGCACCAAGCUGGGAAGUUGGUCAACUUUGUAAAUCCACACGCUACUAACUUGAUACUAUAUGGCCCUAAACUUAGCUUUCAGACCAAAGCAACAUCACGAGGAAGUGAGGAUUAUUCUGAAUUAAGUAUCUCAAGGUUUACAUAAGUGCUGAAAGAUACAACCAUCCCAUUAGACGGCAUCCAAGUGAGAGCGAAUAUUGUAAGUCACCAUACUUGCCAACCUUGAGACCUUCGAAUUCGGGAGAUGGGGGGGUGGGUUGAGGUGGUGGUGGGGGGGGCGGGGUUGAGGUGGGCGGGGUUUGGUGGUAGCGGGGGUGUAUAUUGUAGCGUCCCGGAAAUGUUAGUUGCAAGGGGCUCUGGGUAUUUGUUCUAUUGUGAUUAUGUUGUGUUACGGUGCGGAUGUUCUCUCGAAAUGUGUUUGUCAUUCUUGUUUGGUGUGUGUUAACAGUGUGGCGCAUAUUUGUAACAGUGUUAAAGUUGUUUAUACGGCCACCCUCAGUGUGACCUGUAUGGCUGUUGAUGAAUUAUGCCUUGCUUUAACUAUGAGUAUUUUUAAAAGCUGCAUGUAUUCUGUGACCGGGCCGACACGCUGUUUGUACGGAGGAAAAGCGGACGUGACGACAGGUUGUCGAGGACGCUAAAGGCAGUGCCUUUAGGGCACGACCCCAAUUUUGUUUGUCCGGUUGGAAAUCGGGAGAAAUUCGAGAGAAUGGUUGACUUUGAAGUUAUUCGGGAGGGGCACUGGAAAUCGAGAGUCUGGAGGGUUGGCAAGUAUGAGUCAUUGUUUUAUGUUCUUAUUUGAAAUGUUUAGCAAUAUUGUUACUAGGGCUGGAUUGUCAGGCUUGAACAAAAGGAUUGGACUCAGAUGCAGAGUAGGGAUACUUUGUCAGGCUUUUAUUUUAACGGCUUUCACCUCCAGAGUCAGGGUAAUACACUAUCUACAAUAACCAACUGUCGGCAAAAAAAGUUCCAAAAAAACGAACAACCGAGAAUCACUCCUGAAAGGAGAAAAACACAAAAACAAAGACAAACUAUAAUUUGCACUGUAUCUGCUAUAAAACUUAAUAGAAAACACUCCAAUAGGAGGAAGAAACAAAGGCUAUAAAAAAUGUUUACACUUACUUUAAUCUAAUAAAGGUUAACAAAAAAUCACCCAAAAACCUGAGAAAAGAAAGAAUCGUAAGAAAAAAUUAUAACUCACCACUUAGGCUAAAAAAACUAAAUAACAAAAAAUCACUCUGCUGAGGAGGAGAAAAGUCAAACUCAAAAUACCAACGAAGGAAUUCAGGAUCAAGGAAUACAAAUGCGGGACGAGGCAAGGCAUGAACAUGGACGCAAGAAAGGCACGACAACUCGAGACAAUCUGGCACAGAACCAGGGGAGGCGUGGACUUAUAGGACACAUGAGGGUAAUUGGGAAACAGGUGGAAACAAUCAGGGGUCAGGGAUGACGUCAGACUGAUGAUACAAAAGGAAGGGCAAGUGAUCUGAAACAAGAGGAGUUACUUUUCAAAGAAAAACAUGCAAUUCACAAGACAAUAGAAACCAAGACAAGACAUCCCUCACCGCGGUGUGACAUGGAUGAUUUAGGCCAUAAAUAAAAUAUGGGGACGGCGUGGCGCAGUGGGGAGAGUGGCCGUGCGCAACCCGAGCGUCCCUGGUUCAAUUCCCACCUAGAACCAACCUCGUCACGUCCGUUGUGUCCUGAGCAAGACACUUCACCCUUGCUCCUGAUGGGUGCUGGUUGGCGCCUUGCAUGGCAGCUCCCUCCAUCAGUGUGUGAAUGUGUGUGUGAAUGGGUAAAUGUGGAAGUAGUGUCAAAGCGCUUUGAGUACCUUGAAGGUAGAAAAGCGCUAUACAAGUACAACCCAUUUAUCAUUUAUUAUUUACAUCUUUUUCUCUGAAAACUCAUUUUUCUAUAACGAUUUACAUUUUUGGGUAAAAAUUACAAAGGAUAACAGAAAUUGUUGCUGAAAUCAUUAUCUUAUUUAAAAUGAAAUUGGCUAAUAAAAUGCUAUACAUACCGUAUAUCUAAAGACAAAUCCUUAUUAGUUUUUGGUUUUAACAUUUUAGCUUUUCCACAUUACUCUAUGCUUUUUUGCUGGGGUUUUAUUUUUAUUUCUACAAUGUGCUGCCGGUCCAUAAAAACGCUGUUUCCCACAAAUGGUCCAAGAGCCACAUAAUAGGUUUAAUUAUUUCACCAAGAGGGCAACGUGUUGCCAUAUAACAUAAUGACGUCUCCAAGCUGCGUGUUGAAGUUCUUGGCACUUAUGGAAGUGAUUUUCUUCUGCAGAUUUUCUGUGUGGUGGUACUUGUAGAGUAACUACAUUACCCUGAAGUCUUUGCGGUAGAGUGUAACCGGAAGUAUGAACAAAAGUAGUAGUAGAGAUACUGUAGAGCAAGGAGCAAGUACGAAUAUCCUGCAGAUUUGAAAAAAGUUCCUAUUCUACUUAAAGCUGCCUUUACGUUACUGACAGAAACAAGCAAAAAACAUAACUUUCUGCAUGCCUCGCAACAUAUUUGUAUGCACGCUCUAUAGGCUUGUGGAAGUGGAUAUCCGCUGACACGGCAAAUACUUCACUUUUGAUGACCACUUUCAUUUGAUUACCAAAUAAAUGCACAACGCAAGCAACACUUCUCUCUUUUACUUUAUUUCAUCCAUCCAUCUAUUUUCUAUUGCAUGUUGUAAAUGUUACAUUUGCAAAAUUGACGCCACAGAUUCUUCUGGUGCAUCUUCUCUGGCAGGGCAGGUGUAUAUGCUGUGUGUUUCGCCACACUUCAAUUUGGGAGAAUUUGGAGGCGCCAGUGAGUUUAUUUGUGUGUGUGUGUGUGUGUGUGUGUGUGUGUGUGUGUGUGUGUGUGUGUGUGUGUGUGUGUGUGUGUGUGUGUGUGUGUGUGUGUGUGUGUGUGCGUGUGUGUGCGUGUGUGUGUGUGUGUGUGUGUGUGUGCGCGCACUGCAAAAAAAAGAGCUGACAAAAACUGAUAUAAAAAAAUAGAUUCUAGUAAAAAAAAAUACUAAAACCUAGUAAAAUUAUUCGUCCAUGCAGCUAGUUAAUUUUUCUUAUUAAGGCUUGCUAAAUUAAGAUUUGUAUAUCAGGAAAUUAGCAGGAUUUGUAGGAUAGAAAUGGCCAUUUUAUUCCGAAAUCAAGCAUUAGUCAACCUGCAAUUCUUAAAUUAAGCAUCCUCGCGAUGUUGCAGAAUCUUUAAAAAAGAUUUUCUAUGUCUGGAAAACCAAAAUAUCUUACUUGAAUAGUUGUUUUCUCAAUUUUAAAAUUUUUAGACCACAAUACACAAAUAGAAAUUAUUCAUGCUAAAAUUAAGAUUAUGAUGUAAAUUACAUGACUAAAAUCUGUAGAUAUUUAUAGAAAUACAAUUUAGAAUCUUAGCAAGUCGCAAAUAAUUUGCAAUGUGUGUGUGUGUGUGUGUGUGUGUGUGUGUGUGUGUGUGUGCAUGCGUGCGCAUAUUAGUGUGUGGGUGAAGUGUGCUCUUGCAGGGAGGAGGAACCUCACAUGGAGGAGCAAAACAUAAUAGAGAGGUACUUUGAUUUCAACCAUUUUCUUUAUUAUUUAGCAAUGUCAUAAUUAUUUUUGCGGAUUAGGAUUAAAACCAAAUAAUCAUGCAGCUUUAAGUGCAACAUGAUAACGCUCCAAGACUCUCAUUAAGUCUGCAAAUAGUUGUAGCAAACACAGAAAGUGCUUGCCAUGUUUUUGUCAUUGACGGAAGUGGAGUUUGUUGCUAUGCACUCAGUGAACUUACCCAGGGAAAAAAAUUAUCGUAAUGCUUUUAAUGAUCAAAGUACUGUAAAUAUGACAUGUUAUUCUGAAUGUUGCUACAUUACAUACAUACUUAAAAGAUGUACGGGUAUCUAAAAUGGUGUUGGAGGGAUUUUUAGAGCGCCUUAUAGGCGUAGUACUGUAGAUCAGUGGUUGUCAAACUUUUUUCACCAAGUACCACCUCAGAAAAAAAUGUGUCUCUCCAAGUACCACCAUAAUGACCAACAUUAAAAUACAGUAGCAAAGUAGUAGAAGUAUUCAUUAAGUAAGUAUAGUAUGUGCAUCAGGUAUGUUUAAUAUUUUGGCCACUGCAACAUCACACACAGUUUGAAAAGUAACACAGUUCUUUAAUCAGUCACUUCUGUAGAUCGUAUCACUAUUACCUGCAUCGUAACAGCAGUUGUUUACUAUUUAAAAUGCACAGAAAAGGAUUGUGGAUAAUGGCCAAAAUACCUAAAAAAAAGUGCGGUUUCACUUUGAAUGUUUACUUGCUUUUUCUUUUUUUAGUACCUUUAUACAGUUUAGCUUUACAAAAAUGCCGCGUGUGCUCUGUAGGUGGUAAAAAAAAGUAUAUCGUGACUGAGUCCGUUGUAUGUUGGGGUACACAAUUAAUUGAGGCGUCUGUAGGAGUCAAGGCCACUAUUUGAGGAAAUGACAUAAUUGUGUUUAGAAUAAUACAUGGAGUCAUCACAUGUUUGAUCUUUUUAUUGACAGCCUUAUACAAACAUAUGUUUACUCUAUAAAAUAAUAAAUAUGCAAAACACUA